UCGGGCCUCAGGAGAGGCUGCACCUAAGCACCCCAGGACCGACAGCUCAGCCUGCAGGGCUCAGGAAGGACACGAGCAUGGAGCGGCUUUGGGGUGUACUCCAGAGAGUGCAAAGGUGGUCCCCACGACCCUCCCAGACCAUCUACAAGCUUGUGGAGGGCACCCAGCAGGGGCGCCUGGAGGAGGAGGAGGAAUACGGGGAGGAGGGGGCUGAGCCGCCGCCCCACUUCUGCCCCAUGGAGCUGAGGGGCCCCGAGCCCCUGGGCUCUCGACCAGCUCGGCAAAGCCUUGGGCUCUGGGCAGCAGGACGAAGAGCCGCCCCCUACCUGGUCCUGACCGCCCUGCUGAUCUUCACCGGGGCCUUCCUCCUGGGCUAUGUGACCUUCCGAGGGUCCUGCCAGGCGUGCGGGGACGAUGUGUUGGUGGUCAGCGAGGAUGUCAACUCUGAGCUGGGCCUGGACUCCCACCAGGGCACACUGUACUGGAGCGACCUCCAGGCCAUGUUCCUGCGGCUCCUGGGGGAGGGCCGUCUGGAGGACACCAUCAGGCAAACCAGCCAUCGGGAAAGGGUGGCCGGCUCGGCUGGGAUGGCAGCCCUGGCUCAGGACAUCCGCGCUGCGCUCUUGCGAGAGAAGCUGGACCACGUGUGGAUGGACACGCACUACGUGGGGCUGCAGUUCCCAGACCCGGCUCAUCCCAACACCCUGCACUGGGUUGAUGCCGCCACCGGGAGGCCUGGGGAGCAGCUGCCCCUGGAGGACCCCGACGUCUACUGCCCCUACAGCGCCACGGGCAACGCCACGGGAGAGCUGGUGUACGCCCACUACGGGCGGCCAGAGGACCUGCAGGACCUGCGGGCCCGGGGCGUGGAGCCGGCGGGACGCCUCCUGCUGGUGCGCUUGGGGCUGAUCAGCUUCGCCCAGAAGGUGGCCAGUGCCCAGGACUUUGGGGCCCAAGGAGUGCUCAUAUACCCAGACCCAGCGGACUUCUCCCAGGACCCACACAAGCUCAGCCUCUCCAGCCACCGGGCUGUGUAUGGACAUGUGCACCUGGGAACAGGGGACCCCUACACACCUGGCUUCCCUUCCUUCAAUCAAACCCAGUUCCCUCCAGUCCAAUCCUCGGGCCUCCCGAGCAUCCCGGCCCAGCCCAUCAGUGCGGACAUUGCCUCUCUCCUACUGAAGAAGUUUGAAGGCCCUGUGGCCCCCAAGGAGUGGCAGGGCUACCUCCCAGUCUCCCCUUAUCGCCUGGGCCCUGGGCCAGGCCUGCACCUUGGGGUCAACAACCACAGGACCUCCACCCCCAUCAGCAACAUCUUUGGCUGCAUCGAGGGCCGCUCAGAGCCAGACCACUACGUUGUCAUCGGGGCCCAGAGGGAUGCGUGGGGCCCGGGGGCAGCCAAGUCCGCCGUGGGGACUGCCAUACUGCUGGAGCUGGUGCGCACCUUCUCCUCCAUGGUGAGCAAUGGCUUCCGGCCCCGCAGAAGUCUUCUCUUCAUCAGCUGGGAUGGUGGUGACUUUGGGAGUGUGGGCUCCAUGGAGUGGCUAGAGGGCUACCUCAGCGUGCUGCACCUCAAAGCUGUAGUCUAUGUGAGCCUGGACAACGCAGUACUGGGGGAUGAUAAGUUCCAUGCCAAGACCAGCCCCCUUCUGAUCAGCCUCAUCGAGAACGUCCUGAAGCAGGUGGACUCUCCCAACCGCAGUGGGCAGACCAUUUACCAGCAGGUGGUCUUCAGCAAUCACAGCUGGGAAGCUGAGGUGAUCUGGCCGCUGCCCAUGGAGAGCAGUGCCUAUUCCUUCACAGCCUUUGCCGGGGUCCCUGCGGUGGAGUUCUCCUUCGUGGAGGAUGGCCUGGUGUACCCAUUCCUGCACACCAAGGACGACACCUAUGAGAACCUGCACAGGGUACUGCGGGGCCGCCUGCCCGCCGUGGCCCUGGCUGUGGCCCAGCUCGCCGGGCAGCUUCUCAUCCGGCUCAGCCACGAUCGCCUGCUGCCCCUCGACUUCGGCCGCUACGGGGACGUGGUCCUGAAGCACAUCGGCAGCCUCAACGAGUUCUCUGGGGACCUCAAGGCCCGCGGGCUGACCCUCCAGUGGGUGUACUCGGCGCGGGGGGACUACAUCCGGGCGGCCGAGAAGCUGCGGAAGGAGAUCUACAGCUCGGAGGAGAGCGACGAGCGGCUGACGCGCAUGUACAACGUGCGCAUCAUGCGGGUGGAGUUCUACUUCCUGUCCCAGUACGUGUCGCCGGCCGACUCCCCGUUCCGCCACAUCUUCCUGGGUCACGGAGACCACACGCUGACCGCCUUGCUGGACCACGUGCGGCUGCUACGCUCGGGCGGCCCUGGGGCCCUUGGGGCCACCUCCUCCCACGUGGCACCCGGCUUCCAGGAGAGCCGCUUCCGGCGCCAGCUGGCCCUGCUCACCUGGACGCUGCAGGGGGCAGCCAACGCGCUGAGUGGGGACGUCUGGAAUAUCGAUAACAACUUCUGAGGCCGGUGGAGGGGGGCACGUGCCCCUGACCCCUGCCGAAAUCGCCUGCUUUCCACCCUUGAGUGAUUUCUGGGUGAUGGAGACCCCCUUGUGCACCUCCGGUUGCUGACCGACCGUUUUCUCCUUAGUCGUUAAGGUACCUCCAAGGGACCCAGCAAUGAUGCCAGAGCAGACACCCACACACCCCAGGCCCUGCAAUGUAGGAGGUGGUGAGCAGCGCCUUUCAUAAUGGGCCAUACUGUCAAUUAAUCAGAGAGCAGCAUCCUCUCCCUCACUCAUAGCCCCUUCCUCUUCAGGAGUGAGAUUCCCCAUCCCCCUCGCCACAGCUAGAGACUUCUGGAAGGUUUCCUAGUCCCUGGGACCUGGCCAGGCCUUUUGGUGGGAGAGAUCGCUGGGACCAUAGCCUUAUGGCCGCCAACACGUAGCCUGUGGUAGGAGUGGCUGGGGUUUGGAGCUCAAUAAACCACCUCGUGGCA